GAACACUUGGAACGGUCAAGAGUGAAGACCGAAAUAAAUGGAAAGGAAAUUUGAAUAAUAAUACAUGUAAAAUAAGGCCAGAGAUAUGGGCCCAAAGAGUUUAAAAGACUGAAUCUGAUAACAAGACAAAUGAGCCCAAUAAUGACGAAGCCCAUGACAAGAGAACAUAAACAAAACACCAGCCCACCAUAGUAGAUGUUUGUAUUCGUGAUAUUCGAAACUCAAUUUAGAGAAGAGGAAUUAGGUUAAGCAACCAUGAAACCAGAAGAACGAAGAACACCUGGAACAUCCACAUUCUAUCAAGUAUAUUGGAUAAAGUAGAAAACAUUAAUACUAUAUGGGUAUUUUUUUUAAAAACUAAGGGGGCAAUGCCCCUUACCAUUAACGUCCCUCCGCCCCCGUCUUCAGCAGCUCAGCUUGUCCAGGAUGUCAGAAAUCUAAUGUUUUCGAGAGAGCAUCAUCAGUGAAAUACCUUAAAAAAGGUCGAAGCUUUCCAGAGAGUUAGUGCUUUCCAAUCUAAAUAUCCUUUUUUUAAAGAUGGUCAUGCAGCCAUCUUAUGUUUCAGGACAUGGUUUGGUUGUACCAAGGAAGUUUGACAGGAGGUUUUUCAGAAAAAAAUCCAAGUCAUGUCACCCUUUGUGUCUCUGAUGGGAGAACUUGGUCCCUUAAGUACCAGCGCUAUGCAAACCUACCAAAUGGGUUACUUGCUAAUGGCUAGCAGGAAUUUGGCCGUGAUAAUAGUUUAGUAGUCGGUGACGUCUGUGUCUUUGAGUUGAUAAAGAGGUCUGAAAUCAAAUUGAAAGUGCAUAUUUUUCGAGUUGAUCAAGAUAAACAUAUCCACCCAUCACAAGUCAGGCCAUGGGAGUAGAUGCAACAGAGUUGAGCACAAAAGAAACUCCGAGAAUAAUAUUUUAUCUGAAUGUGCUCGCAAGAAGCAAUGUUGCCAAUCCAGAUUCUGUGAUCAAUUGGCAAGCAACAAGGAUGGUGGAGGACUUUUAAACAACAAGGAGAAGUCUGCAUACGUUUAGUUGAAGAGACGAGCUAACAAUGUGUAAGAUACAAGAUUCUGCUCAAGUUUCCAUUUUCAGUGGCACGAAAGUGUUGGUCAAGUUCUCCUGAACAACGAGAUAGCAAGCUUUUUUUCUUCCAGAGCUGCAGGGAUAUGGGUUCUACUAGCAUAGGAGGUGACGGUCCGUCGUUCUUCAAGAUCAUUGUUGAUGACAUUCUUCGAGAAGGAAAGCUUGGGAUUCCAAGAAAGUUUGUGAAAAGAUAUGGAAGUAGCAUACCAAACUCAGUGCACCUUAAAGUCCCAGGUAGUCCAUCUUGGCCGGUAGAAUUGUCAAAACAUGGUAAGGAUGUUUGGUUUCAAAAUGGUUGGCAAGAAUUUGUGGAGUAUUAUUCUCUAGAAUACGGGCACUUGCUAGUUUUUGAGCAUCACGGAGGUAGCAGUUUUCGUGUGUUUAUAUACGACCAGAGUUGCACGGAGAUCCAAUAUCCUACUAUCUGCAGUAUGGAGCCUAAACAAGCUGGAGAACAGAGGGAGUCUGUAGAAGAAAGAGCUGAAGAUGAUAGCAGAGCAAGAAAGACAUCAUCCUUACCCUUUUCUAGUGGACACAAGAAGGCAAGAAAUGAUUUAACUAGUCAAAGAAAGAGCGUUUCAACACCGCCUCCAAAUUUUAGAAAAAUCGAUUCUGCCAGUAAAAUUCCGGAAGAAUUUGUAGGAGUACAGCCAUCCAGCCAAAAGGAGAUAGCUGCAUCUACAUCUAGAAUGACAAGUUGGAAGACUAAGGUUGUUAAGAGAGCGCAACGACUGACAUGCCAGAAGCAAUCUGAAGCUUUGCAAAGAGCACCUUGUUUGCGAUCUGAACAUCCUCAUUUCAUGAGGGUCAUGCGGAAAUCAUAUGUUUCUCCGACAGUUGGUUUGCCUAUACCAGCAAAAUUUGGCAGGAAAUAUAUUGGGAAAAGGCAUAGUGAUGUCUACCUCUGUGUUUCUGACGGCAGAAAAUGGUUAACUAAGUACAAGCGCAAUGCAAACCAAUCAAUUGGGAGACUCAUAUCUGGCUGGGAACGAUUUGUGCAUGAUAAUAUUUUAAGAGUUGGUGACGUGUGUGUUUUCAAGUUGAUUGACAUCUCCGAAAUCAAACUGAGGGUUUGUAUCUUCCGAGUUGAUGACAAUCCUAAUAUUGAUAUGUCACUUGGUGGGAAGAUCUGUGGAAGCGGACCAAGCGGGGAAGGAAAAAAGAAGAAGACGACUUCUGAAAAUGUUGAAGCUUUACAAAGGGACAUUGCUUUCAAUUCUGACAAUCCUUAUUUUCCGGUGACCCUGCAACCAUCUUAUAUUAAUAGAGGAGUUGGAUUGGCCAUACCUGCGGAAUUCGCAAGGAAACAUCUUACAGAAAAUCACAGUGGUGUCACCCUUUGUGUUCCUAAUGGAAGAACUUGGCCUGCUCAAUACGGACGGAAAGGUUACCGAACAGCUUUCUACAAUGGUGGUUGGCAGGAAUUUGUGAAAGACAAUGGUAUCAAAGCGGGUGAUCUAUGUAUCUUUGAGUUGAUUAAGGUCGUCAAUGAAGUCAAAUUCAAAGUUUUUAUUUUCCAAGGCAAUGGGAGCAUGUCUACGUUGUCCAAAUAAUCCAAGAAGGAAGAAGCUCAAGAAUGACACUUAUGGAGGAUCUUUGUGGCGACAUAUAACUAUGUUAGUGUGUGUUGAAGUCGUAGUUUUUGGAGCUUGUAAUAUCACAAUGCUUAGGAGACUUUUAUGAGCAUGUACUGGUGAACUUUGUCCUUUGAAUGCUACUCUAGUUUGGAUCAAAUAAUGGUGUAUUUGAUCCUACUGAGAUGCUAUUUUGAAGCUUGUGUGAGCCAUAUUUCUGCAAUUUUCCUCAAGUGAACA